AGGAGAGGACCAGCUGGACGAGUGUGCGGAGCGGGACCUGCGAGACGUGAUGAGAAGAGAGAUCAACAAGUACAAUAGCAUUAUCCUCGGCAUCACGCGGUCCCUGGAGGCGGUGGCGCAGGCGUCCACGGGCGGAAGCGUCCCCGGUGAUGGGACCGAGGAGGUGAUAUCAGCAGUGAACCUCGGCCACACCCCCGCGUCUUGGAGAGCCCUGUGUAAACACCCAACGCCCGGGACUCUGCACGCCUUCCUUCAGGACUUCCAUGCUCGAGUGGACUUCUUUAGGACGUGGCUGAAUAAUGGAUGUCCCAAGACCUAUUGGUUAGGAGCAUUCCAGUUCCUCCCAGCGUUCCUAACCAUCAUCCUGCGCCAGGUGGGGCAAAGCACGCGCCGGCCUCUCCACCACCUAAGCUGGGGCUUCCACUUGACCGACGAGCCACCGCCGGAGAUGCCGGAGUUCAUGCCAAGCGACGCGGAGGAAGAGGACACUAAAGACGGCGGCGAACAAGUUGAUAGAGAAGAGGGCGAGAAAGAAACGGAGGAAGCUAGUGUUCCUGAAGAAGGAGGAGAUGACGAAAAGGCAACGCAAGGAGAUGGAGGAGACAAGGAAGAGGAGAAAGAGGAGGAAACCGAGACGGGAAAGACAGCUCCAGAAGAACCAGAAGAAAAGGUUUGGCCAAUAAGCACCAAGGAGUCCAGAGCCGAUUGGAAUGCACUGGGGAGCGAUGGGCUCGUCGUCCAUGGGAUGUGGCUAGUUGGAGCAGCGUGGAACGUAAACAAAAAAGAGUUGGAGGAACCGUCAUCCCAAGAGCUGAUACAGAAACUCCCAUUGCUAAGCAUGAUUCCAACACCCACUGUGCUGACCGGGUCGUAUACCAUGCGAGGGGCGCAUUCACUCUGCACCACAGCCCGCUCUCAACCCUCGCUUCAUCGGCAGUCAUCGACAACCCUAACUGAAAGUGAGGGACCUGGAGAAGCAGCAGAGGGACCUGAACCACCAGCGUCAGAUCGACCUUCCACGGAUGAUCAUCCUAAUUCGGAAGCGCAUCAAACCCGUUUCUCUGAUGAAUUUCAAAACAUCAAGGAUUCCACUUCACUCGACCUGCACUUGGGGGAGGAGACGCUACCCAGCAAUAGGAGUGACGUACUUUCGACGGCUCGGUCGAGGUACUAUGAGUGCCCUGUUUACGAGGGAGGUCCGAGCAGUAGUGCGAAUCAGAUGCCUGUGUUGAACAUUACUCUUCCUGCUGGAGCAAAAGGGGGCAACCACUGGGUGCAGAGACGUGUUGCUAUAUAUUUAAGCAGGUACUAAUUUUGUCUUGCAAAGCUUUUACAGUCAUACUGUGAGAAUAAUUUAGGGACUAUUGAUUCCUAUCUAGUGUGAUUUAUGCAGUGUAACUGACCUCCUCCAUGUUCAAACAUUACAAAGUUAGGAAGACUUUAGUUUUAACAUUGCUUCCUUACAAGUGUAACAGUGAACCUUUCAUCCAUUCAAAACUAUGAUUUCAUAAAAAUCCAUACCUUGCAAUCAAUCAUGAAAGAGUA